AAGCUGUGAAUAUGACGUGGCGCACAUCCCACUGGAUUCCCAUUUUCCUCCCGAUGAUAGGGCUGCAGCACUUUUAAUCUCCGCCGUACUCGAGACAUCCUCCAGUCCCUGUGUUUCAUAAUCCCCAAAUUACCCUGUUGCAUUUAGGGCAUCAGUUGUCGUUUAAUACCCGGCUACACCGCACCACGUUGUAUAUAUUACACUGGGACUUCUAAGCUAUCUUGGUUGCCAACACUCUUAUCGCACACACGGUCGUAGCACGACGCCGGGAUUUGUUUAUUUGUCGUUCUGUAUUUAAUCGUUUAUUCAUAGGCUCUCUCUGGUGAUAUGCGCGUCGUGUAUACCGAUUUGCCGACAAUAAUAAUUGGGCAGAACAAUUGACCGGCUGUGCGGUUAUCGGUCUCUCUGCACUGUGUGUGUCAGUGAGUGUGCUGAUUGUCUCGCCUAUAGCGACACCGCGUCGUAAGAUAUACUUAGUAUAUUCCGGUAUAUUUUUCCGCUGUCGGGGCGCAGAUGCGCCACAGAUUUCUGGAUUUUUUAAUACGGGUUUGUUGUGGCGCCGGAAACACGCACCGGUAAUUUUAUGAUCUCGCAUAAUUUUUGCCGCUGAUAUGACGAUGAGCACGGGGAACGCCAGUAGUCCGACCAAUGUCCAGGACAAGGGCCAUCAAGAGGAGCUACUCUUGGCCAGAGCACAAGCCUGCGACGCGUCCAGCGCGUUUGACGAUAUUUAUUUGGAUUUUAUCCGUCGUGGUGUCCUGCAUUGUGAACAUUUAUGGGACGGCAUCUCCUGCUGGCCACCCACGCCGGCCAAUGCAACGGCGUGGAUUCGGUGUCCGGAUUAUUUCCACAAUUUUGAUCCUGCCGAAUUUGCAUCCCGGAAUUGCACAAGCAUCGGUACGUGGUGGAUGCGACCGGAUGGCCGCCAGUGGGCGGAUUAUGGCCCCUGCAAAAAGCCCCUGAAUAUGACGAUGCCCGCGAGGGAACCGGAUGAGUGUGAACUGAGUUUAAACGCAACACUGGGAUACAACACAUCGACGUGGACCCCAGAAAGGCACGCCCUGUACACUAUUAUGGCUCCCUAUAUGAGCACAUUGUCAGUGAUCGGCUAUUCCGUGUCCCUCGUUUCCCUGGUACUCGCCAUUUCUAUACUCAUCUCCGUCAAGCGCCUGUAUUGUCCGCGUAACACAUUGCAUAUCAAUCUCUUCGUCGCCUUCGCCAUCCACGCCCUGGCCACAAUCAGCAGUCGCAACCCUAUCUUGGAUGACUACGAAGGAGGUCACGCGGUACACCACACUGACGUCGCCAACAUGCAAGCAAACGACAUCGCUUGCCGUUGGCAGACAGCCUUUUUCCAUUACGCCAUUAUGGCCAAUUAUUUCUGGAUUUUCAUCGAGGGUUUAUACUUGAAUAACGUGAUAUCCUUCAGCGUCUUCACCGACCACUCUAAAAUGAUCUGGUUCCAUAUUGCCGGCGGUUGGCUGCCGCCAGUGUUUUUUGUCGGAUUGUGGGCAGGGCUGCGUCUCGAAUACGAUAACUGCUUCUGUUGGAAAGUAAACAACGCGCGAUAUUCCGGAUUAUUCUGGAUAUUACGCGGUCCAAUAACAGCAACAAUUAUAAUGAACUUCAUAUUUUUUAUCAAUAUCACGCGGUUGAUAUUCAUUAAAUUCCGCACCCAAACAACGCUCAGGGAGCAGCAGGCCAAUACAGCAUCCGGACGGCUAAAGUAUCGCCGAUUGGCCAAAUCAACGCUGGUUUUGUUGGCCGUUUACGGGAUACACUUUUUUAUUUUAUUGGUGAUUGAAGAAGUUAAUAUGAAUAUCUACUUGGAUGUGGUGCUUCUGAUGAUCGAUCUGGCCUUCACGUCAUCCCAGGGCUUUAUCGCGGCGCUAUUACUGUGUUUCGCCAACGCUGACGUGCGGUCUGAGGUGUGCCGUAUGCGGUUGUACCUGUCCAAUUCGCCGCUGGGCCGCACCGGUAGUCGUCUUUCCGAGCGAAUCCGGCGCAUCUCCGAGAUGGAGCGCACCUCCGAGUCCCUUAAGAUGCACUCGACGCUGCCGGCGCGCAAAGUCCAUCGUAACGGUCCGUACGCGGCGAUGACCAAAACGCAGACGUUAUCCAUACCCACGACACAGCCCCAACCGGCAUCCUGUGAAUCUCUUUAUCUCCAAACCGCGGACAAUUCCGACGAGGAAAAUACCGCUAAAUAAACUACAUACAUGGUGCGCAGAUUUUUUAUGGACAUGUGUUAGUACCCUUGGAGGUACAGUUAUAGAAUAUAUGUGGCAUCUGCUUGCUGCUGUAUUGUUUUUUCUAAGCCAAUAUGGGCGUGUUCCGCAGAAAUGGUUAUAUUUUUUCCGUGUUACUCUGGAACUAAGCACAGAAUUGUCAGAAUUAUUAUACGAAUAUAAAAACAA